GUGAUAGUAUUUUAUCCGAUAAGAAAAACAAUUGGUUCACAACGCCGGUCGCCGGUCUUUUAAAAUAAAUAUUAUCAUCAAUCGAUCGGAAAAUUCAAUCAACUGUUUAGUAUUAGUUGGGGCAGCAAGCUUAUCGUGUACUACUGGACAAUUGAGCUACUGUUCUUUGCGAUUCCGGUAUCGGUCCGUCAAUCCGACAGCCAGCGGAUGAAGAUUGACAGCAGCUUUGAUGACCACGUAACCUAGACAUUCGCUAUCAAGAUGCCCGUGCUGAGAAAAAGGGCUCAAGGGGAUAAUAAGAUCGUCAAUGGACUGUUUAUCCAUUCCAACCCGCCCAGAGUUCUCCAACUGAAUUCAGCCUACGUGCGCCAGCUGAUCAGACACGGCGAUGUUGACAAAUUGGAGCAGGCCGUCCUCGAAGGCCAAGGUAAAAAACUUAUCGGAGAAUAUUCAGCUGACUACAAGACCAGAACCUUCCUCAAAUCGAUACCAGCUCUAAUGUCAAAAAUCUCACUGCUUCACGAUGCAGUCAACAGCGACAGACUGGACGAGCUGCAGUCACUUUUGGAUGAAGAACCCGAGAAGAAAAGGAAGAUGGUAAUGGCGAAGGACGAAAGUGGAGUUGGUCUAUUACAUAAAGCUAUCUAUUACGAUUUGAAAGAUAUAUACAAAUGGAUGGUUGACAAAUAUCCUCAGACAGUACAUAUGAGAGAUUCGGAGGGCAGAACCCCCUACCACUACACGCCUAUGUGCAAAGAUCCCAACUCAGUUCAAAAGUUUCUCAUAGCUGCUGGAGCGGAUCCUUCAAUCGGAGACAACAGUCAACGAACUGCCAAAUAUUACAUGGACCACAAACAAGAACUAGAACUGCCCAGUUCUCAGAAAUCCACUACGAUUUCCAGGAAGAAUACUGCUCAUAAAGAUAGUCUUAAUUUCAAGAAAUCAAACAUACGGAUAUGGAUCCAUCAACGGAACAUGGCAAACCUUCAACAAGUCGUCUGGGAGGGACACGGAGGUAUGUUGCUGGUCGAACACAGCAACAACACCAAGAUAAAGAAGUUUUUGGAGACUGUACCCCAUAUUAUGGGAUUGAUUAAAGAAAUUCACUGCGACGUACAGAACGACGACCUUGAAAAAUUGAAGGAACGAGUCACUCCCCCUAUUCCCCCCAUCGUCCUUUCUGGAAAGGAUAUCAAUGGACUAUCACCCUUACACAAGGCUGCUGGUUUAGACAAACAAGAUAUCGCUGAAUUCAUCGUACAGGAGUACCCUGAAAGUGUUAAUUCUGUUGAUAACGAAGGAAGAACACCUCUACAUUAUGCAGCAUUGUUAAAAGAUGACGGCAACAUGAUGCACUUUCUCAUAGAACAUGGAGCUGAUGAAUCUGCCUUGGAUAAUAAACAAAAAACCGCUGCAUACUACAAAACCCGCCAUUCUGAAAUCGAUUCAAAACUACUCAACGUUAUUCCUGAUUGUCCAAGAUCAGCUAAAGAAUCAUUGGCUGCCAACUUUGACUGGAACAUGCUAACAUCUUCGCCAUCUAUGAACUGGAUCCAAAACGGCGUUAAGAAGGCUGAGACUUUGUUACAUAAAAGCAACGAUGAAGAAUCUGAACACGCAACCAAUGGACAUGAUGGUACGGAGAAUGGAACAGCAGAUGAACCUGUUGAAAAUGGCAACCACGAACCUGAAGAAACCCACGAAGAACAAAAAGAAGAAACCCCUGAAGCUUCCACUGAUCCAGAAGAACCCAAAGAAGAACCAGCACCUGAAAAAACUGAAGACGAACCCGAACCAGAAGAAUCUAAAGAAGAACCAGAGGCUGAAGACGCUAAGGAAGAACCGGCACCUUCAUCACCAGCACCUGCAGAACCAGAACACGAACCAGAACCAGAACAAGAACCAGAACCAGAAGAUUCGAAAGAAGAGGAACCUGUAGCGGACAACAACAAUUCUGAAGAGACUGAAGAUAAGAAUGAACCAGAGGUGGAAGGGGAAGAAGGUAAAGAAGCAGAAGAAGUUACUGAUAGAAACAAUAAUGGUGCUGAAGCUGGAGAUGAAAAGGAAGCAGAACAAGAAGAGGGUAAAGAGGAAGAACAGUCUCAGUCUAGACCUGCAAGUAAUACAACCCGUCCAAAUAGCUCGAAAGAAGGAACAACUCGGCCAAACAGCGUUAAAUCCCGACCUUCCAGUCGCAUUGAAGAUAAGUCCAGACCCAGCAGCAAAACAUCAGAAAAGCUACCGCCUGUGGAAGAUGGAGAAGGGAUCAUAGAGGGAGUGGUGCACGGUGAAGACGAAAUCGACCCAAUGGACAACGAAGGUAUGAAUGAACCUAGAACGUCAGACAAUAAUGAAGACGUUAAAGUUUUAGUGGAAACCGGUAACAUGGAGCAGUUGGCUGCAUUGGUACUUAACGGCGAAGGGGAAAGAUUAGUUGGCAUGAGCAGUGAUAACCCAGAGUUGCAGACUUUUUUAGAGAAUGUUCCGACAUACAUGUCAAAGAUACAUAGAAUACACGAAGCAUCCAGAUCAGGAAGUUUACGGGACCUACAAGCAGCUUUAGACAGGCGUAAAUUUGCUAUCGCUAAAGACAGCAUAUCACCUAAAGGUGCUUCACCACUCCACGUAGCAGUAGUAUUUGGUAAUACUAGCAUUGUAAGAUAUCUAGCAGGGAGGUUUCCUGAAACUCUCCAAAUGGUAGAUGAUGAUGGUAGAACUCCUUUACAUUAUGCUGCAGUAUUAAAUGAUAAUGGACACUACUACAAUUUGCUGGUUCAUUUAGGAGCUGAUAUGAGGGUAGAUGAUAACCUGGGCUUUAGUCCCGAGUACUACAGGAAAAACCAGCAGGAUUUUAACCACAGGAGUUUACUUCGUGAUUUUGGCGCUGAGGAAGAUGAAGCGGAAGAAAUACUUGCUGAUAAAGUGCCCAAUGACGUAUACUCAGCAAGAAAAAACCUCGACGAUGAAGAUAUGUUGGCAGUUCUGGAACGAUGUUACAACGUCUUGCAAAGUCGAAGAGGUUCCACUGUUUCCAAUGCAUCAGCUAGCACCAUUAGUUCGACAAGCCAGUCUGGAUUCUUUCUGAGCAAACACGUCAGAAGACACGUUUUUGAUACAGUUAAACUGAGACUUACAAAACAAGAUAACAAUCUGUACGACAUAAUUUGGCCUAGCGUUAAAAAACUUCCUAUAGAACCAAGUUUUCGAGUAGCUUUGGAGCAAGAUUUCCCUAUGGGUAUCUCCGCUCCAGACUUCUACUGCUACCACGUAUUUAAGGAAUUCUUAGAUCCGAUUAUAAAAGACUAUAAUCACUUAAACAUCUACAACGACCUACCAGAUCAACCACAGAGUACCUUCUGCGAAAAAGAUGAAAACGCUAACACUGACUUUGAUAGGGACUUGGAUCCACAAGCCAAGUAUAUCUUAUCAGGAACACUUGAGGCUUCUAGGAACAUAGACGGCUUUGAAUUACCUAAAUCGUUAAAUACUGGCCAACUAGAGCUAGUGGAACGGAUCAUAACAACAGUUUUGAUGAGCAAAGAAGUAGCGAAAGCUUUGUAUCCUCUAACACCAGAAAGAGAAAUUGAGGAGAAGGGUUGUGGGACUUACUACACCAUGAACGAGGUACUAGAAGAUACUUCAGAAGCUAAAGUUGUACUUGCCAGUAACGGUCUUCUCAUACCGUUAUGGAAUAUACCAGAUUCUGACAGAUUGCACGGAAAGCACUGGCCUUAUGGUAGAGGAGUGUUCGUAAGCAACGGUGCCAAUUUAGCAGUAUGGGUUAAUGUUUUAGAUCACAUUAGAAUCAUCACUUGUACUGACCACUCGCAUCCUGCAAAUGUAGGACAGGUAUUUUCUAGAGUUUCAAGACUUGUAGGAGUACUGCAUCAACAUUUGAACUUUGUAUUUGAUGAGAAACUGGGGUUCUUGUCUGCUAGACCCUCUGCUAUUGGAAACACCUUACAGUUCAACUUAACGCUGAGGUUUCCUCAUCUAAUAAAAGAACCUGACAACUUGAGACAUUUGUGUACGGUGAGAAGUUUAACGUACCACAGAAACACGAGUACCACUGACGUGGUUCGCAUUGGAAACCAGCAAUGCCUAGGUGUAACAGAAACGCAAGGUUUUGAAGAUUUCACAAUGGCUGUAGCGAAUAUAUUACAGCUAGAAAAAGACCUUGCUAUGACAAACUCCAUGCAUAUAGCAGCCACCUUUUUAAACAUUUUCAAGAAAAAGAAACUUGCCGAAAGUGCCUAAAUCGUUCUUUUGUAAGUAGGGUUAAUGAUUUUUGUAUAUAUCCAUUUUGUAUAUAGUGCCAAAAAGUUU